CUGCCCGGGGCCGGCGCGGGGACGGUCUCGACCAUUUCUGCGGUCGCGGGGACGCGGGCAGAGCGCGGUGGCCGGCUCUGCUCGGCUGCGCUCUGCGGCUUCAGCACCUCACCGCUGGACAGCGCCCGCCGGGCAGCGGCUGCGCUGCGCUGCGCUGCGCUGAGCGCCCUCCGGGGCGGUGCGGGCAGGAACCUCGCGGGCAGCGGCCCUAGCUCCGGUCCAGGCUCGCCCUCCGAGGGGGCUGGGAGGCAGCAAGAUGUUCCUCAAGCUGGCCGUCGUGGUGCAGGUGCUGUCGCUGCUGGCAAGCCGGGCGCACUGCUUCCCGAAGCCAGGGGGCAAAGAUAAAGCUAUACACAACAGACAAUUAAGUGUAGAAAGACCUUUGGAGGAACAGAUUGCUGAAGCUGAGGCAGACAAGAAUAGGAAGAUAGCUCCCACAGAAAAUAAGCCAGAGUUCAGGAAUUAUUCCUUUGUCGAUGACCUGAAUCUGCUAAAAUCAGUAGCAGAAAGAGAGAGGGAUGAAAAGGAGAGGGAGUCAAUUAGAAGCUCUUUGUAUGAACAGCAACUGGCCAUGGAUGAUGCGGACUCCACCAAGAACCGCAGGCUUGUGGAUGACUAUGACUCCACUAAAAGUGGGCGGGAUUAUAAAUUCCAAGAUGAUCCAGAUGGUCUCCAUCAAUUAGAUGGCACUCCUUUGACUGCUGAAGACAUUGUACAAAAAAUUGCUGCAAGAAUUUAUGAGGAAAACGAUAGAGGAGUGUUUGACAAGAUUGUUUCAAAACUUCUAAAUCUGGGGCUAAUUACAGAGAGUCAGGCCUAUACCCUGGAAGAUGAAGUAGCAGAGGUUUUACAGCAGCUAAUUGCAAAUGAAGCGAAGGACCGUGAAAAGGAGUCUGAAGAUUUUGAUUACCCUCCAAGCAGAGCAGAGAGUGAUACAAAAGAGAAGCAACAGGAAAGAAUGAUACCAAGCAAAGCUGAUCAGGAUAGUUUCGUUAAUGGAGAAAUUGAUGAUACACUGGAUAACACAUGGUCAUCAUCUAAUAUCUUGGAAAGAAGAAAUGAGCUGCCCUCUGAAGAUAAUUUUGAAGACCUCCAAUAUUUUCCAAACUUUUACGCACUAUUAAAAAGCCUCAACUCAGAUACAGAGGCAAAAGAGAAAGAGACCUUGAUAACUAUUAUGAAAACCCUGAUUGAUUUUGUGAAGAUGAUGGUUAAAUAUGGAACAAUAACACCAGAAGAAGGGGUUUCCUAUCUGGAAAACUUAGAUACAAUGAUAGCUGAGCAGACAAAGAAGAAGCUUGAGAAUCCUUCCACGAAAACCAGACCAAACCUACCAGCAGACAAAAGUAGUGAAGAAGCAGACAGUACGAAAGAAGAAGCGGCUAAAAUGGAAAAGGAAUAUGAAAUUUCAAAGGAUUCUACAAAAACUGAAGAACAAAAUGCAGCAGGAAACAAUGAAGAGCCCAGAGGGAAAGCUGAGGCAUAUUUGGAAGCAAUCAGGAAGAACAUAGAAUGGCUAAAAAACCACAACAAACAAGGUAACAAAGAAGACUAUGAUCUUUCAAAGCUGAGAGAUUUCAUUGACGAGCAGGCUGAUGCUUACGUGGACAAGGGCAUCCUGGACAAGGAAGAGGCUGAUGUAAUUAAACGCAUAUACAGCAGCCUGUAAAAAGCUAGUGGCUGCCAAACACGUAGAAAACUAGGAUAGUUCCCCUCACUCCUGGCUCAAUGACUUAUGAUCUGUUAAUUUGAGGAUAUCAUUAGAAAUGCUCUGUUUACAUUGUACCAACUUUCUAGACAAAUGAAGAGCUGUAGUGCUCUGUACACUAACUGCAUACUGUAUUUUCCUACACUCACAAAUCAACCCUAAAUGCCAAAUUCUGACACUGAAUUUCUAUUUGAUGGGGCAAAUAUUUAUGUAAUGUUCUCUUUGAUUUAUUUGUGUUUGGUUUACUUUUGUAGAUAAACCAAUUGUUUGUGAUGGAAGGUUCUUUUAAUGCUACUUCUUUUUGCUCUCACUCCACUAGCUUUCUAUAGAUGCAACUAUGUAAAGGGCAUUAUUAGAAAAUAGUUCAUAGUUCUCUAAAUAAAAUAUUUGAAAAUAA